CAAAGCGAUCGGUCGUGUUUGCGCUUCGGAAAAUAAAAUCCAUUUGGCGUCUAACGGUGGUACAACACAUACAUAUAUGUGCGCAUGUGCUUGCUUGGAAAUCGUGUCAUAGCGGUAGUUUGUGUGGGUGAAUCUAAAGCAAGGCGAAAAUCACACUCCCCCAUCGUGCAACAGCUGUCUGGGUCAUUGGCCGGCGGCGACGCGGCAAUUGUGGCCAACUAACCCGACAACGGACAAAUAUUGAUUACUGUGUGUGUGAAGUGAAAUUUUGGCGCCAGUAAAAGUGGAUGGUUUUCGUUAUACGAAAUUUGUUCAUUUACCGUUGCACAAAAUCUUUCACCGAUCGCUUCGAAAAAGCAAAUCAACACGAGACUGAAAAAGUGCCACAAAGUUAAACUGCGGCAACAACAGAACUUCUAAAGCCAAGCCAAGCCAUAAAACAACAACAUAUGCGCUACACUAAAAAUUGAACGAAUUGUAUCGAAACUGGAAAAGGAAUUUAGUUCGCGAAAAUGUUUGUGGCAAUAAAUCAAAUGAAUGGGCAGGCGGCCAAAAGGCGCAAAAAGGAGAACAAAAGGCGCGCGGCGGCAGCUGUUGUUACCGAAAUUGCUGACGACGGGGCAGAUACUAUGCACGGCGGCGGUCUAACAAUGCCGGAAGGUGGAACUCAGACGGAAGCAGAGAUGAAAGCAGUGGCGACAAUACCAGCAACACAAUCGCCACCACUACCGUUAGUUGAUGCAACAGCAUCGGCGGCUAGCUCGACGUCCAGUUCGACGGCCAAUCUCAUUGACGAUAUGUUGCCCGACUUUGUAGCCGACAGCACCCCAAUAACAAACGCUGCGAAAACCAAAAUUGCAACAAAGCCAGCGGCAGCGGAAUCGCAAUCGACAGCGAAAUGUAAAAAAUGCCAACACGCGCUUUCAACGUUCCACUCUGGCUGCCGCUGUGAAUGCGAUUCUGUGAAUAAAAGUUUAUACAGUUCUGCAUCGACGGUCGCAACUACGAUCACAUCCAAGUUUAACCCGCCCACGCCGUUAUCGCCAAAUGCGACACCACCCACGUCAUUGUAUGCGGUGUAUAUGUGCCUCGGUACCCUCGCUUUGGCCGUGGCCACUCUGUCGGUGCUCUUCUACUCGCAUGUGCACUCCGUCGCCAGCAACAAUAGCGCGAGAGUCAAUAGCGAAAUGCCGAUGGCUAUGACGCCGAAAGAUGCGAAUUUAAAUUUGGCUGUAUUCCGGGAGCAAUUUCAACGUGAAUUGCUCGCAUCGGAGCAUGUGCUGCGUGGCAUAGUGUCGCAAAUACUGUACCAGCGGGAGAGCAAACAAAAAGAGCAGGAAACAAGCGGACACAAUGUCGUGUUUGGUGGAGCUGAGCCGAUCCAUCGCUAUCAGCAACGCACGAUUCGAGCGACGGCAGAAGAAAAGACAGCAACGAUGCUGGCUGACGAUGGAACGCUGGUGAGAAAUGAGCGCAAAUAUGUUGGACAUGUCAGACACGUUGCAGACACCCCAACAACCGCGAAUGCCGCAGAAACCGCUGCGGUGCAGGGGAGUGCGAGUCCUGUGGCAAGAAGAGUACGCCGUGAUAUUACCUCGUCGCCGGCUGCUAUGCAAUCCGAUCCCUUUAUCGAAUUUUUCAACCCGGAUCACCGCAAAGUGCUGGAAGAGCAGGAUAAGGAAAUACGCAAGCGUACAGGACUGAAAGGAGCUGCGCCCGGCGGUGACGAAUGGAUUUACUUAAAUACCUACUGUCGAGUGCCGGAAAAAAUCAUAACUGGUUUCUGCAAAGGCACUCAAGACUAUUGUCCGCCUGCGCCUCAAGGUCCUCCGGGUCCAGUAGGUCCCAAAGGUACAACAGGACCACCGGGGUUGCCCGGAAUUCCUGGCCCGAAGGGCAAUCGCGGUGAUGUUGGUCUGCCAGGGCCGAGGGGAGUCGAUGGUGCCAAUGGACCGAUCGGGCCACGUGGACCAAAAGGUGAUAUUGGCAUACCCGGUCGUGCUGGUCUCGACGGGCGUGAUGGUGUGCCAGGUGAGCCUGGUUUAGAUGGUGUACCUGGACGUGCUGGUGCCGACGGCAUACCUGGCAAAGAUGGACUACCCGGCUUGGAUGGGCGUGAUGGUCUAAAUGGCAAGGACGGCAAAGAUGGUGCACCCGGACCGAAGGGAGCUCAGGGACCACAAGGAGAGAGAGGAUUGAAAGGUAUUGCUGGUCCCCGUGGUCGGCCAGGAAAAUCUGGAAAGGAUGGAACGCCAGGAAUACCAGGAAUUAACGCUUGGAAAGUGCAGUUAUUAAAUGGCAGUUUCUCCAAUGACCUACUCAUUCCACCAUCAAUUGCGGACUUGAAUGCCCCGCACAUAGAACGAUUCUUAAUCGUCGAGGAGGGCAAGACUUUGAAUCUGAGCUGCGCCGCCAGCGGCAAUCCGAUGCCGCAUGUUGAGUGGCGACGCGAUGAUGGACGCACAAUUAAUAUUAACGGUGUCGAAAUGUCAUCGAUUAGCGGGCCUUACUUAAAAUUCACGAACAUCACUCGACAUCAAAUGGCUGCCUACACCUGCUAUGCGGACAACGGUCUGGUGCCAGUUGCGAAUGCCACCUUCCUCGUUCAGGUUCACUUUUCGCCAAUGAUUGCCGUGUACCGACAAAUGAUUUAUGCUGAGUACGGACAGAGCGCAACGCUCGAAUGCAUGGUGGAAGCAUUCCCUGAGGCAAUCAAGUAUUGGGAGCGUGCUUACGAUGGAAAAACUCUAGAUCCAGGCGAUAAAUACCAAAUCGAGACAUACACUGACAGCUUCAAGACAACAAUGCGUUUGACCAUUACGAAUUUGAGGAAAGACGACUUCGGCUACUACUAUUGUGUGGCGCGCAAUGAGAUGAAUGCGACUAUGGUCAAUUUUGAAAUUGCGCCGCAAGAUCCCAACAGCGAGAUACCAUAUGUAGGAAAGGAAAUUAAAUUCUACGGACAGCGGCCACCGGAAAGUGAAUGCCCAUUGUGUGAGCAAUGCCCAGAUCCAAGCCUGUACCAGUGUAAGGACUCGAUUAAUUCGAACUUCGAAAUUCAGCCCACCGGAAAUUAUAGCUACCCUGGACUGCCGAAGAGACAAAAGAGUUGGUUGUUGUACGCAGUUGGCAAACCGGUAUUCCAUAAGGCAGUUAAUGAGAUUUAUGGCUGCUGGUUGAAGGAUCCGGUUAGUUCGGCGGAUGUUGAUCAUGAAAAGACCUACGUUACCGAAGAGAAUGACACGCAUAAUUUGUAUGAAUAUCCUACGAAGUUGAAGUACCGCAUGAAUUGGUCGCCACGUCGGAAGUAUAACAUUCCAGAGGGUUUUCAAGGCAAUGCACAUGUUGUUUAUAAUGGUUCAUUCUACUACAAUCAAUUAAACACGGAUUUGGUCGUUAAAUUGGAUUUGGCAACAAUGAAGAAGAUAAUUACUCCAUUGCCAUAUGCUGGCACAGCUGUUGGCAACAGAUUGUAUUCGACAGACCACAAUUACAUGGACUUCAACGUGGAUGAGGUUGGCCUUUGGGUGAUCUACAGCACUUACGACUCAAACAAUACGCUGGUGGCCAAGCUCGACGCGGAUACCCUGAAGAUGCAGUACAACUUCAACAUCACCCUGGAUCAUCGCAAAUUYGGCGAAAUGUUCAUCGUCUGUGGCCAUUUGUACGCAAUCGACUCGUGCACAGAGACGAAUUCGCAUAUACGCUAUGUCGUCGAUUUGUAUAAUGGAAAAUUGCUAAAUGUCGACCUGCCAUUCUCGARUCCGUUCCGCAAGACAACCACUGUGGGAUAUAAUCCACUCACUGUGUGGAGUAUGCACCGAAGCCAAUGCUAG